GCGCAUGCGGGAAAGGGCUGAUGUAGGGCGGACGCCUGGUACUGCCCGUGAAUUCGGAGUUACGGCAGACCAGAGAGAUUUGGAGCAAAGCCAGGGUGUCGCGCGGAAAGGUGUUGAGGUUUGCGUCGAGGCCACUGGGGCGGACUAUCGUAUGGGGAGAGGUCGCUUUCUUGGGAGGAGGGAGGAAGUUGUGGCAGCUGGGCAGCUGGGCAGCUGGGAGGGUGGCAGCAGGGAUAGCGCGGAGAGAGAGCAAGACAGGACGCGCGGAAAACCUGCCAGCGAGCGGUGUUGCGACCUAUAGUGGGUUUGGGGAAUCCUCAAGUGCCGCGAAGGAGGGGACAAUUAAGAGGACAUCGAGAAAGAAGUAUGAACGCUCCGGGGGCGGCUCCCGCGAUGCGGGGUGCCUUCUCAGGCUUUACCAGAUUGUCGAAAGGCAUUGCAGCUGUUCUCGUUGCUGGAUACGUCUGUACGGCCUUGGUGCCACAAACGCGGGAGUUCGUCGCGUUGGUUCCUGUCAGGACCAUACCUUUUGGCUGGAACCUAAUUACUGCAGGUGUCUUAGAGACUUCACUCAUAAAUAUGCCUUGGCCACAACAUUGGUUGUUGACGGAGGGGGAGGGAGAAGGUGUGAAGGUACUUGGCCAUGGUGGACGGGUUAAGAAGGCGGAUAUGGGAAAAGGUGUGAAGAUGCUUGGCUAUGGUGGAUGGGUGAAGAAGGUGGAGGUGGACGGUGUGAUGGUGCUUGGCUAUGGUGGAUGGGUAAAGGAUGUGGGGGUGGAAGAAGGCGUGAAGGUACUUGAUUAUGGUGGAGGGAUGGAGGUGGAGGUGGAAGGUGUGAAGGUGCUUGCCUAUGGUGGAUGGGUGAAGGAGGUAGAGGUGGAAGAAGGCGUGGAGGUGGAAGAAGGUGUGGAGGUGGAAGAAGGUGUGGAGGUGGAAGAAGUUGUGAAGGUACUUGGCUAUGGUGGAUGGGUGAAGGAGGUGGAGGUGGAAGGCGUGAGGGUGCUUGGCUAUGGUGGAGGGGUGAAGGAGGUGGAGGUGGAAGAAGGCGUGAAGGUGCUUGGCUAUGGGGGAUGGAUGAAUAAGGUGGAGGUGGAAGAAGGUGCGAAGGUAUUUGGCUAUGGAGGAUGGGUGAAGGAGGUGGAGGUGGAAGAAGCUGUGAAGGUGCUCGACUAUGGUGGAUGGGUGAAGGAGGUGGAGAUGGAAGGAGGAGUGAAGGUGUUUGGCUAUGGUGGAUGGGUGAAGGAGGUGGUGGAAGAAGGUGUGAAGGUGCUUGGCUAUGGUGGAUGGGUGAACGAGGUGGAGGUGGAAGAAGGUUUGAAGGUGCUUGACUAUGGUGUAUGGGUGAAGGAGGUGGAGUUGGAAGAAGGUGCGAAGGUAUUUGGAUAUGGUGGAUGGGUGAAGGAGGUGGAGGUGGAAAAAGGUAUGAAGGUGCUUGGAUAUGGUGGAUGGGUGAAGGAGGUGGAGAUGGAAGAAGGUGUGAAUGUGUUUGGCUAUGGUGGAUGGGUGGAGGUGGAAGGUGUGAAGGUGCUUGGCUAUGGGGAAUGGGUAAAGGAGGUGGAAGUGAAAGAAGGUGUGAAGGUGUUUGGCUAUGGUGGAUGGGUGGAGGCAGAGGUGGAAGAAGGUGUGAAGGGACUUGGCUAUGGUGGAUGGGCGAAGGAGGUGGAGGAGGAAGAAGGCGUGAAGGUGCAUGGGUAUGGUGGACCCUAAGCUUCUAGUCCGUACCUUCUUGCGUGGUCUCAACAUUCGAACCAUUAG